GACCAUAGAAACUGACAGCGACUGGGCACAAAGCGGCUGUAAAACAUUCCGUUUGUGGCUCAGCGCGGGACUCGUGCUCCGGUACAACGAACCGGCCUCGAGAGACACGCUGACGUGUUUUCUGUUGACUGUGGCGUUCAGGUCCAAACAUGGCGACGGUUGUAUGUUAACGCGGGGCUCUGGCUAUUUCAUGGAAGCGAUCAGAACAGAUGAUCACUCCCUCUCCUAAACCGUCACACGGUUCAUGUGUGUGCUGUGUUUUCUUCAUAUUUACAACACACAACACGGGUGAUAUAACAGGAAUCCCUUACUAUGAGUGAUGAUAAACCUUUCCAAUGCACUGCUCCUGGCUGUGGACAGAGAUUUACUAACGAAGACCACUUGGCCGUCCACAAACACAAACAUGAGAUGACCCUGAAGUUUGGCCCAGCGAGGAAUGACAGUGUCAUCGUUGCUGACCAAACCCCUACACCCACCCGCUUUCUGAAGAACUGCGAGGAGGUCGGGCUCUUCAAUGAACUCACAAGUCCAUUCGACCACGACUUCAAAAAAGCAACUGAAGAUGACAUUAAAAAGUUACCACUGGAUUUGUCACCUCUUGCGACGCCUAUCAUACGAAACAAAACCGAGGAGCCCAGAGCUAUGGAGACUCAACGAGACAGCCCUCUGCCUCACCCAGAAUCCACAACAAGUGAUGACAAGGACUUAUCUUUGCAGCCAACCCCAAUGCCAACAUCCACUAUAGUCCACCCUGCAUCCCUCCAAGUUCCCAAUGUCCUUCUAGCAACCUCAGAGGCUAAUGUUGUAAUACAGCAAGCUCUCCCAUCGCCAACAUCUAGCUCUGUUAUUACUCAAGUCCCAUCCACUAAUAGACCUAUAGUCCCAGUGUCUGCCACCUUCCCUGUGCUCUUACAGCUGCCUAACGGCCAAACCAUGCCAGUCGCUAUACCUGCGUCUCUUACGAGCACAAGUGUGCAUAUCCCAACUACAAUCCCUCUUGUCAGACCUGUCACCGUAGUGCCUAACGUCCCCGGGAUCCCAGGACCUCCCUCACCGCAGCCUCAGCCCCAGCCUCAGCCCCAGCCUCAGCCCCAGCCUCAGCCCGCCCAAUCAGAAGCAAAGCUGAAACUGAAAGCCACAUUGAGCCAGCAGCUUCCUCAGGUAACCAACGGAGAUGGUGGUGAAGUUCAGAGCAGCGCUGUGACCCACACUGCUGCUCCCCCGUCUCCCGCCCCGACCCCAACCCCAACUCCUGCUCCAGCCCCGACCACAACCGCGGUCCUCUCUCCCGCUCCUCACCUGCCCGCAGCCGAGGAACCUUCUCCGCAUCCUCUUCAGCAGCCAGCCACCUCCACCACAGAGACCCCUGCUUCCCCGGCCCCCCCUGCACAGAACCCUACGAGCACAGGGGGUCGGCGGCGCAGAACCACAAGCGAGGACCCUGAUGAGAAGCGGCGCAAGUUCCUGGAGCGUAACCGGGCGGCCGCUUCUCGCUGUCGGCAGAAGAGGAAAGUGUGGGUCCAGUCUCUGGAGAAGAAGUCUGAGGACCUCAACUCCGUGAACGGACAACUACAGAAUGAAGUCACCCUGCUGAGAAACGAAGUGGCUCAGCUGAAGCAGCUUCUUCUGGCUCAUAAAGAUUGCCCUGUAACCGCCAUGCAGAAGAAAUCUGGCUAUCACAUCUCUGACAAAGACGAGAGCUGCGAGGAGAUGUCGGUUCCCAGCAGCCCCCAGAACGAGGCCAUUCAGCACAGCUCCAUCAGCACCUCCAACGGGGUCAGCUCCUCCUCCGCGACCGUCGCCAUCUCCGCCCCGUCCAGCGCCGCCGCCACCAUCAUCACAUCAAACCACAGCACAGAGGAGAGCGAGCCGCGGGGAGACGCCACCCAGUCUCAGCCUUCAGGGAGUUGAUUGUCCAUAACUGUGGCGGAGCACUGACACUGGAGCGCUGCGACCCCGUCUGUCUCUAUGGUUCUCCCUCAGCUUCAGUUUGGACCGUUCUGAAUUUAUUAAAAUUGAUUUUGUUUUGUCCUCCGUAGGCAAUGCUUUUUGAAAAAUGCAAUGAAGAUAAAAGAACGGGCACUUUAGGUGUAAGAUGUAACACAAAUGGAUUUGAAAUGUUUUUGUAUUUGUAUUUGAGUUAUUUAUUAAUUAAUCCCAUAUAUUUUUCCAUUUGACCGGUUGAUCAGUAAAUGUUAGAGUUUACCAAAGUGUGUCGUGGCUCAUUUGUAACAAGUUUGUGUUUUUUUCAUGACUUUUAUAAGACUAAAAGACAUAAAGACACUAUCUUUAUGAUGUAGUUUCAGAAAGAGCAGUCACUUUUUUAUUUAUGUAUAUAGUUACUUUUUCCAUUUUGCACAUUUUGAGAGAAUAGUGGGUUUAUCUUGUUUGGGGGGUUUGAAAGUCCACACGUUAGGUACUGGCAGCUUUUUGGAAGUAGAUUUUAAUGCCGCCAAGUGACACAAAUGUAAAUGAAUGAUUCAAUGUUUAGUGAGAUCAGUCGUCGUCUUAUUGUGCAGUUUGAAUGUUCGAGCUCACCUCUGCUUGUAAAAUAGUCUCAAGGAGGUCGGGCAGUUUAAUAAUGUUUAUUUCAUUGACAUUUCGUCUGUAGACUGAUUGUUCAUGAAGCAAUGAUUGUAGGAUUGCAGUACAUUUUUCCAUUACUCAAUCAUGGUGAUGUUGACUUCAUUCAGUGCCAUCAAUGUUUUUCUAUAAAUGACUUCUGUACCUUUGAGUUGAUUGCCGUCUUCUCAGACUGAGACUCUCGUAAACAUGAUUACUGAGUAGAGGAGAUCUGCUUUUGUGAACCGUCUUUGCUUUUAUAUGUGACUGUUUUUUGCCUUCAGUGUCUGAUGCGGAACACUAAAGGACAUUCUGCUGUUUUCAUGAUCGCAAUUCUAGAUGACAUUUUUAGAAAACACUGUAAAUCACAUUAAUAGUACAUUGAUCUUUCAAGGUGUUAUGUACUCUGUGUCUUUUUUAACAGGAUAGUCUGGAUUCAGUAGCUGAGCUCUGUUAAUCACGUGUUAAAAAUACUGACCUUUGGACUCUUUCCAUCAUUAGGAUCGGCCUCUCUGGCUCGGUAUCAUAAUGGAUUCAGAUGUGGACUGGAAUCACAUCAUGUAUAUUAUACUAACAUGACUACUACGACUGCUUUGUAAGGAUUGUGAACGUUUCAUCAUUGAAAUAAUUGUAUAGGAAGCAAAUUACAGCGUGAAGUCGAUUUGCCUUUUCUCUUAGUCUGUUCGGGCUUACUACUGUGUAGUUUUACAAGAAGCUUACACAUUGUUUUCUUAAUGUUUUUAUUUGAAAUCUACCGUCAUGUGCUAUCUGCAUGAGAUAACAAUUCUCUGCGAGAAUUUAACUGUCCAGUAACGUCUCCGUCAGAUAAAUAUCAUUAAACAAGUUGUUUCAACUGGAGUUGGUGGCUCUAAGUUUCUGAAAGCGUUUAGUUUUUUUCUUAAAUUUACUUGGGUUAACUGCUGUGAUACUGUGUUGAAACUGUACUUGUAAUUUGUGAAAGUUUCUGUAUGAAAAUAUGACUUGAAAAGUUGUUAUAAUAAACCUUUAAUAUCUCUUUAAAAUCCAA